CGACCAGCAAGCGACACAAGCAACAACGAAGCAUGGACAAGUCGAAGGCGCCGAAGGAGGACAACAGCAAGGGCAAAUGGCAAGACCCGUCCAAAUCGAAGCUUCAUGUAUCCAAGGACGACUUGCACCAUACGCUACACGCACAUUUCCAAGCUGCGAAAGGAAAGGCCACCGAGAACGACAAGCUCAAAAUGGACAAAUAUACACGCAAGCACGUCGUGUCGUUCUUACAAGUGAAGAAGGUCAAGAAGGUCCAAACCUCAAACAAGCGCAUGUUCAAUUCCUUUGGAUCGACCAAGUGCAGGUUGCUGUGCAUCACGACUCAUGAAGCGAUUGACCCUGACAACGAAGCUCCACAUACGGUCGUGCAAGUCCACCACGUGAACUUUCAAUCGAAUUUUACCAUUGAAAUUCGCAAGACGUGGUCGUUGGAGUCGCUGGAGUCGGUCGAAAAUUGCCUCGAAGAUGUAGAGAAGUACUCUAACGGAGCAUUCCGAACCCAAUUCGACGACAAAGAGCAUGAACCAACCCAAUGGAUCGUUGACGACGACGAAUCCCCGACUGCAAUGAUGGAGUUUGUCUGGAGCAUUCUCGCGUAUUCUGCCAACACCUUGCACACGUUACCGAAAAUCACAUUUUCGCUGGACGACCUCAACGCAUUGGCCAAGCAGAUGAACUUGGCAAAAAAAUUCGGUGUCGAAGUGGACCUGGAGAAAUUUCAAGCAACACCCUCUGCUCCACUUGCCCCGAGCAAAAUCGCUCGUCAACGCUCGACGAGUGACGAUCCUGCAGGUGCAUUAGCGGCUGCAGCGUCAUGGAAGUCUGUUGAAUACGAAGACGCAGUCUCGUUGUUUGCAACGAUUCAGUGGGGUGAAUGUACAGCAGAAUCAGUCCAAGCGCAAUGGCAGCAACGGCUCAAGUUGCUCGAAGACGAGAAUAUCGAUUUUCUGCUAACGCUGCAAAACAAGGACAAAGCCACGAUCGAAGUCAUCUCGUCGGCAGUCGACGUCGUGCUGCAGCACGUGAACCGUGCCGAGAAGUGGACGGAAGAAGCUGAAGCGACGCUGGCAACGACUGCGGCCAAUAUGUCGCAGUUUGAGACCCUGAACAACCACAUGGAGGUCCACUAUAAGAACAGCAUUGCGUUGCAAGAAGCGCUAGGGGCCAUGAUUCGGGAUAUUGACAUUGACCGAGAAUCGAUGGGAAUCCUGCUUAAACCCAUCUCGAUAUUCCCGCACGACAGCAACAUUCCCGAAGACGACACGUCAUCUAAUCCGUCCCUGCCCAAGAUAUUGGAAGCGAUUCAGCGGUUGGAAGGAGCAAUCAAAUCCGUCGACUCGUAUCCAGCCAAAGAGAUGUCAGCGUUUCAAGGUCGCCGGGAGGAACUGUCAACGCUGGGCGCCACGUUUGGUGGAAAACUUCUCGCGUCAUUCGAAGCGUAUAUGCAAAAUCUCGCAAAAGGAGCGGAUCAAGCUGGCCAGUCCCGGCGGCGGUCACUCAGCGGUGGCCAUGAGGUGCCAACUCCACGGAAGAGCAUAUUUUCACGCGACCGAGAGAUGUCGGAUGUGAAUGACGACCGUACCCGUCGGUCGAGCUCAACCAAACUCGACGAAGCCGACUGGACAUUUAGCAACGAAAGAAUUCACUCGAGCCUCAUGAAGUAUCAGGAAAUCCUCCAAAGUGUCGCGUCGUUGGGGUCAAAAUCUGCUGUGACCCUUCGCGACAUUUACGCAAAACACGUCGUCCCCAUCUAUUCGAAUCAUCUCCAUGCAUUGUUCCGCACUCUCAAGGACAAGGUGCCGAAACCCAAGGCGCAUGGCAUGGGCGGGAAGACGUCCCAGUGGAACAUCAACUUGUCGUUUUCACAUGCUUCGUCCGAGUCGACCAUCUCGAUCAGCGCGUCCACUUUACUCCAACAAGCGUUGGACCAUAUUGUCCCUCUGUGCAUUGCUGAGCAAACCUUUGUCCAUGGAAUGUUCUUCUCCUCGAACAAGCAUCAAAAGCCAGAGCCAGUCGAGCUCACUGUCCUCAUGGAGAGGCUGUUUGAAAAGCUUCCCAAGCGACUCGUCGAAUUUGGUGAUGCUGGAGUGAGCGCCAACGUGUUUGAAGCGGUGUCCAUGAUCGUGACAGCGCAGCAACAGUUGAAAGCGAUCGACGGUUCGAGCGAAUACAUCGUCAACACGCUGCUCAACUUCCAGCUGCACUUGAAAAGAAGCUUGUCCAAGUACAUGGAGGAACAAGAACUUUGGCUCGCCAGUACGCACCCCGACACAAGACUGGUGGGCGUGCUCAGCCCCGUUCAGAAAAUGAUGAAUCUCGUGACAAGGUUAUGCGAUGCUGCGACUGGGAUAUCCACGGACGACCCGAGCACUCCCCUGGCUGCUAUCUACGAACGGAUCAUCGUUGGACUGUUUGCUUGGCUGGAAAAGGCCGCUGCAACCAAGCCAAAGUACGCCCACUUGGUUCGCCUCGAAAACUACCAUUUCAUUCACGGCAAGUUGCAACAACUGAGCGAGCACAGCUUGCCCCUCAAACAGUAUGCGGACGAUUCAUUUGUCGAGUAUUCGAAAAAUCUCGACGCAUACGUGAUGUGGUUGUGGGAAUGCGAAGUUGGCAAGUUCACGGCUUUGUUCAACACGAUCGAGACGCUGUUGGAAACCCUGCCGCUGGAAGAAGUGCAAUUUCACUUGCCCAAGCAAGACAUUCGCAAGGCGGGUGAAUUUAUCAAUCAAAAUGUACGUUGCCAAGUGAGGUGUCAAUAAAGUUCACCACCGUUACGACUGCAGCUCGACAAAAGCAUGAGGCACAUUGGAGAGCGAUUGAAAAAACAUUUGAGCCACUCAGCCGACAUGGCAACCGUCGUGGUGGAAUGCCUCCGCGUCCGUACAAUUCCAUUCGUCACGCGCCUUUGGAUGACAUGACCGUGAUCUAGGCCACUGUGCUCAAGUGUUACGAGCGAAACACCUUGUUGGCAACCAAGUGCUACGGGAUGGAAUUGGACCUGACGGUGGAGCGACUUCGUCAGGCUUUGGCAAAGUUGCAUUAGUUCCACGUGUUGAGCACGCAUGGUAGCGCCAUUUCCUUGUCUGCGACAACUCGCAUGCGUUCGUCACAACCCGACGACAAUUCAGGCUGCAAACCGUAAAUGCAACAUCGAUGCCACGACACCGUGCGACGUGACGUGUCAAAUUUGUGCAAUUGCAGCGUCGUCGGCAUGGGAUGAAAUGCGUGGCGGCAUGCACGCGGAGUCGACCUUCGCGUCGCGCAGAUACCGCCGAGAGGGGCGUAAUUUUGUACAAGUCGUUGUCAGAAACAGCAAAAAGUGCCGACGUUGGCUGCGUCUGGUUUGAGUGUGGA